GCACUGGACAAUGUUCUGAAGGAUGCAGAAACGAAUGAAUUGAACGGUACACCGAAUCGUUACUCAACUCUAGUGCAUCAUUUAACGCAAUCGUCAUUUCUGAACAAUUCGAACAGAGAUGUCAGAGUUCUGCUGGCAUGUUGUAUCGCGAAUCUGAUGCGUAUAUUUGCCCCUGAAUCUCCCAUCGGAGAUCCGCAAUUGCUGAAGGAUGUUCUGAUAUUUUUGAUUCGAAAUCUCGAUGGCCUCGCCGACCCGUUGUUAUUUGUUGAAUUUAAGAAUUUAUCAGUGACCGAGACACUGCAACUGGCCAUGCAUCUGGGUGAUAAUGCACAGCCAGUGUUAAGGCAGUUGAUAAAGACGGGGUUUGGCUCAGUGAAUGAAAAGAAUGCGGAAGAGUCGAGUUUGAAGGGCAUUAUCUCAACGAUGUGCUCGAAGUUGAUCCAGUCGGUGGAUCAGGUUUCGAAUAGCGUUCUGGAUGCUGUGCUCUUCUUUAUCGUUCCACCGCAGAAGGUUGUCUUAUUUUUGUUUGUUGGUGAAUGA